AUGGUACGAACGAGUAAAGUUUCGCUGUGGGGAGCGAACGCGAAUCACGUGCGGUGCGCUCGGCGGGCUCGAGUCGAAUGGUCAUUCAUCGGUGGCGCUGAGCGAUCGGUCGAGCCCCGCGCGUGUCGGGCCGGCUGCCGUGCUGCACGUACCGCGCCGCUUCCGCGCUGCAACAAAACUUUAUGCGUGUCUGCCAAUAUUGUGUGUACCAUAUGCAUGUAA